AUGGAGCGGGCUGACACACCGCUCCCCGUAGACGUAGGAAAGGAACCGCCCGUCGAGGCUCAGCCGGCCCCUGUGGCCGAUGAGAAGCGUAAUCCAGGCUCCGUCAAUGAGCUCGACGUCGUUAACGAGCGUGACCACGGUCACAAGGAUGUUGCUAUCCUGAGAAAAGACUACGAGGACAAGCCGACAGAGGAGGAAUUCGAAUCCCUUCGACGCGUUCCUGGCAAGAUUCCCGUUGUUGCCUACCUCCUCUGUGCCGUUGAGUUUUGCGAACGCGCCUCUUACUAUGGCUGCGCCCAAAUCUGGACAAACUACAUCAACAGACCUCUACCCAAGGGAGGAAAUGGCCUGGGUGCUGUGGCGGCCGGGAGUCAGAGCACUCAGGGUGCUCUGGGCAUGGGGGAGGCUGUCGCCAAUGCCACCACUCAGUCGUUCAGCCUACUUGCCUACUGCCUCCCUCUCCUGGUCGGAUAUCUCGCCGACACACGAUUUGGCCGAUACCCCAUGAUUUUCUGGGGGGUCAUUAUCUGUGGCAUUGGGCACGUCCUCAUUGUGGCAGGCGGUGCAAAGGAACUCAUCGCCAACGGCACUGCCAAGGUCCCCUUCUUCCUUGGUGUAUAUAUCCUGGCCAUCGGGGCUGCAAUGUUCAAGCCCAACGUCACGCCGCUGCUGCUGGACCAGAUGAAAUCUCACGUGCCGAGAGUGAUCACGUUGAAGUCGGGCGAGAGGGUGAUUGAGGACCCUGAGCACUCGACCGAAAGAGUCAUGCUCUGGUUCUACCUCCUCAUCAACCUUGGCGCCUUCAUGUCCACAGCAACCUCGUACGCAGCAAGACAUGUAGGCUGGUGGCUGGCUUUUCUGCUCCCGCUGCUUCUCUAUCUCCCGCUGCCGCUUCUCCUGUUGUGGCUGAAGCCACGUCUCAUUCUGCACAAACCCGGCGGCUCUGACCUACCCAAUGUUUUUCGAGCCCUCGGCCAUGGUUUGGCCAAUGGCGGCAUCUUGAGAAUUGGACGGACGGGAUGGUGGGAAAAUGCCAAGCCGUCAGUCAGAGCGCAAAAGGGGCUGUCGCCCGAGACUCACUACAGUGAUGAGUUUGCCGUUGAUGUGCAGCGAACCAUGCAGGCAACUGGCAUGUUUUGCUUCUUCCCUGUGCAAUACUGGAAUGACAAUGGUCUUGGAAACUCGGCCAACUACUUGGGUACUAUGCUUACGGGCAACGGUGUUCCCAAUGAUGUCAUUGGCAACUUCAACCCCCUCAGUAUCAUUCUGCUGGGACCCCUUCUCAAUUACGGGCUGUACCCCCUCUUGCGCAGAGGCAGGAUUCACUACGGCCCUGUUGCCCGUAUCUGCACUGGGUUUUUUCUCAGCACUCUUGCAGGUAUCGGGUACGCCGUGCUCGCCUACAAGGCGUAUCAAACGUCCCCCUGCGGCUGGUACGGGUCCUCAGACCCUUACUGCGUGGACGACGGUCUGGUCUCACCCAUUUCCCUGUGGUGGGAGGCCAUCCCGUACGCUUUGGGAGGGUUUUCCGAGCUCUUCAUCAACGUACCAGCCUACGGCAUCGCUUACUCGCGCGCUCCUGUCAACAUGAGAGGUCUAGUCUCGGCAAUCAAUCUCUUCAACACAGGCUUUGCCUACAUUGUGAACCUGGUUGCCUCUGCCGCUAUCGCCGACCCUCAUCUGAUCUGGGACUUUGCUGGACCAGCCAUCUUGGGAGCCAUUGUUACCGUUGGCUUUUGGUGCAUCUUCAGGCACAUAGACAAGGAGGAAUACGUGCUUUCCACCACCCGGACGAGUGAGGCGGCGGAAGCUGAAGUUAUCGAGGAUAGCGAGGCGGCACCGACACGCCGCCACUGA